AUCGUGUGAUGUAUUUUACAGCAAUUAUAUAAUGAUAGAUAAUGUAUUGCAUAUAAAUUUAUACGAUAAAUGUCAAAAAUUUUUUAAACCUUGUGCUGACUUAACGUUAAAAGAAGAAUCAACUGAAAUCUUGAUCUUUUAUCUGAUUGUAAACUGGCCGUGGUCGACGGUGGUGAAAAGAUUGGUCUUAAUGAAGAUAAAAAAUAUUAGGUCUGCUUGAUAAACAAAAAAAAAAUCUAAAUUUUGCAUUGAAUUUGAUAAACAUCCGAAAUGACAUGUGUCAGUUCAGAAAUUACAGUAGAUGGGAUUUUCGUUUUAAUCUUUUAUCUGACUAACCAGUUUUGGUUAAGGGUGACCCCAUGUACAAAAUGGAAAAGGUUAAGCGUGACCCACUUGAAAUUUCAAAGUAAGAAGCACAUAAAGACAAGACUCGUUGCGACAGCUUAUCUUCACCACUGAUUCAUGGAGUAUCUAAAGCCUAGGGAGGCGACCAGAAACGACGCAGAUGGCGAUUCUCUGUUUCAUAACGUUCCUCGAGCUCCUGAUAUUCCAGUCUACGCGGUACUUUCUUUUUAUGCUUUCCCAAUUGCUUACAACAAGGACCCCAGCCCGAAUAAGCUACACUUGGGGAUUGGUGUUUAUCGAACAGAGGAGGGAAAAUGCCAUGCAUUGGAUGUUGUUAGAAAAGUGGAGCAAAUGCUAGCUAACGACCUGUUUGCUGAUAAGGAUUAUCUUCCUAUAACAGGAAUGGCAGAAUUUAAUAAAUUAAGUGCUGAACUCAUAUUUGGCUUUGGCAGCCCUGCCAUCAAGGAAAAUAGAGUGACUACUGUCCAGUGCGUAUCUGGUUGUGGCUCACUGAGGGUUGGAGCUGAACUUUUAGCAAAACAUGAUGGCCAUCAUGUUGUUUACCUUCCUGAGCCAACAUAUGGAAAUCAUCCAAAUUUGUUAUCUGCAGCGGGGCUAUCUUUGAAGACUUAUCGGUAUUAUGAUCCAAAAACACAUGGACUAGACUUUCAAGGGCUUUUGGAAGAUCUUGGCACUGCCUCAACUGGAGCCAUUGUGCUUUUCCAAGCAAGUGGUCAUAAUCCAACUGGUGUUGAUCCAACUCGUCAACAGUGGGAACAGAUCAGGCAGUUAGUGAGACUGAGAGGUCUAUUGCCUUUUUUUGACUGUGCUUAUCAGGGUCUGGUAAGUGGAAGUCUAGAUGCGGAUGCACAGUCCAUUCGCAUGUUUGUUUGUGAUAGUGGUGAAUGCCUUGUAGCUCAAUCAUAUUCAAAAACUAUGGGCCUAUACGGGGAACGCAUUGGUUCGCUUAGCAUUGUUUGCAAGACAGCUGAUGUGGCAAGGCGGGUUGAGAGCCAUCUCAAACUUGUGAUCAGACCCUUUUAUUCAAACCCACCCAUUCACGGUGCAGCCAUUGUUACUGCAAUUCUGAAGGAUAGGGAUUUGUACAAUGAAUGGACCACUGAAUUGAAGGCAAUGAGUGAUCGUCUUGCCAAAGUACGCCAGCAACUCUACAGUGCUUUAUGCAGCAGAGGGACUCCAGGUGACUGGAGCCAUAUUAUCAGGCAAGUCGGAAUGUAUACUUUCACUGGAUUGACUGAGGAGCAAAUCGACUUUCUGACUAAAGAAUACCACAUCUACAUGUCAUCUGAUGGGAGGAUUAACAUAGGAGGUCUAAGUUCAAAGGCGGUUCCAUAUCUUGCAGAUGCAAUACAUAAUGUAGUUACCCGUACCAUCUAAAACCUAAUCUGCCAUUUUUUUGUCUGAGCUCUCUUCCAUCUGAAUAAUUGGACAGUAGCCUAGCCUACAUAAUGACAUAACAAUUGUUUUUAAGUUACCCAACCUUUGGGUUUUUUUUUUUUUGUCUAGUGUUUUUUUCCAAUUUAUUAA